CGUUUCUUGAUACUCCUACAAGGUAGACAUGAGUUUCUCCGGAAAAGUGGUACUAGUGACGGGUGCGAGCUCCGGUAUCGGUGCAGCUGCCGCCAUCUUGUUUGCGAAAGAAGGCGCUCGAGUCGCCAUCGUCGGUCGAAAUGAAAUCAAACUCGGCAACGUCGCACGGCAAUGCGCGGAAAAAGGAGAAACACCUCUUGUCAUCAAAGCAGAUGUAUCCAACGAAAAAGAAGCUCGGAAUAUUGUGAAACAGACUAUCGACAAGUUUGGAAAAUUGGAUGUCCUAAUCAACAACGCCGGCUUUUCCAAGCCAGGGUCGCUACUUGAAGGCAACAUGCUCGAAGCAUAUGACGAUACAAUGAAAACUAACGUCCGAGCUGUGAUCCAUCUCACAACUCUAGCAGUUCCUCAUUUGAUAAAAACAAAAGGGAACAUCAUCAAUACGUCUAGUACUGUGUCUCUCCGGGUUCUUAAUGCACCAUCGAUGGCUGCUUACUGCAUUUCUAAGGCAGCCUUGGAUCAUUUCACGCGCUGCGCUGCCUUAGAACUGGCAUCUUCGGGCGUUAGAGUGAACAGCGUCAAUCCAGGACCAGUGAGAACCGAUGCUCUGGAAAAUUCCGGCGUAAAGAAUCCCGACGCUGUGUGGGAAAGUUACAAGAACAAAACAGCCCUGAACAGGAUUGGAGAGCCUGAAGAAAUAGCUGAGCUCAUGUUGUUUUUGGCGUGUGACAGGGCGAGGAGCAUUACUGGGUCUAUUAAUGUGUCUGACAAUGGUUUUUUGCUUAAAAAUUAA